AUGAUUCAAUACAGUCUCAACCCCGUGAAAGCAAAAAAGAAAGCUAAGCAGUACGACAGCGUCAUUAGGGAGGCUCUGCUUUACUACAAAAGCGGGAACAGACUAAGCUGUAAGGACCAUCUCGGACGGGGAAGUGAUACACGCGGGGGUGUGGACAAAAUAUUGGAAUCAAAAGGUAGUGGCUGCACAAGCAUCUCAACCAAAGGCGAUUAUGAUGCUGAACAGACGAAACCGAAUUGUCCACCUACCAAAGAGUGCCAAGAGAACAAUUCACUGGGCUCCAAUUUAUGCUUUUCGGAUAGCCUCCAAAAAGACGAACUUCUAACUGCGCUGAAGAAGUACAUUAAUGAAUAUGUGGGCGAUUGGCAGGAAGCCAAGUGCAGUGAAAUAUCCAACUGCGGUGAUAAGAAAAGGUUGCUAAAAAAAUACAUCCACGAAAUUAAAAAAAAUAACUUUCUCGUUUUAGAAGAUUUAUUUUUCUUCUUCAGCAUGAGCAAUGAUUACAAUGAUCAAAAUGAUUACAAUGAUCACAAUGAUCACAAUGAUUACAAUGAUUACAAGGGUUAUGCGCUUAGUAAAAUGUUCCACUGUCUACUGCUCGUGUUUGAGAAGAAGGAAGAAAAAUAUGUCUUACUCGUUUUGUACACCUUAUUACAGAUUCUAGAUGAGAAUAAUACUAACAAGUUUUUCAACUACAUAAUUGAUGCUUUGAUUGCCACUCUAAACGCGCAUGAGUGUACCUUACCCAUUGGCGAGGCUGACGAGAACAUCAGGCUCUUCGACCACAAGCCGAUGGUUCUCACAAGCUACCUUGUGAAUGAAAACACAAGAUAUUUUCUGUUCGCGUAUUUUUACAUCCUCGUGCGGGAUGCUUCCAGGGAGCAGUUCAUGAACCACGCGGAUAAGAUAAUACGGGUGUGUCUAACGGGCCUAUUCGACCAUUGCUGUGAAAUAAACUGUCUAAUGAUGAGCUUCAUAGAGGAAAUUAUUGAACAAGUAGAGGACAACUACGUAAAUUAUCACUACAUCAUCAGCACCUGCUUACUCAAAUGCCUCUGCAACAAAUACAGUAAAGUGAAAAUAAAAUGCAUGAACACACUGGUGAAGCUAAUUCUACAUAAUAGCAAUUCCAAAAAUUACAAAAUUAUUGAAAUGCUAAUUGGGUAUAAGGAUCCAAACGUGGUCCCGAUAAAAAGUUUCUACGACAAUGCCUAUGUAAAUAUAAAUUACUUGUGCAACUUAUAUAAUGAUAGAAGCACAAAAGUGAAGUUUCAAUUUUAUUCAUUCAUCUUUAUAUUGCUUUACGAAUUUAAUGAGUCAAAUGACUUUGUCACCUUUUUAUUGCCCUACCUCUUUUCGGCUUGUUUUGAUAAUUACAAAAUUUUCAGACUGGUGUCCUUUUUGUAUAUCCAGCUGAUAUGCAGAAGGAAGAAUUUCGAUCUCGACAAAAAUAUGAAUGAUGAAAUUAUCUACCACUUUCAUCCUGAGUGGUCGUACAAGACGGCUUUCACUUUACCGUUGCCUCUCACGGAUUACUACUUCCCUUCCUUCUGUCGUAGCUCUUUUUUGGUGAAGAAAAAUAUGUACAUCUUAAAUAUAGCUACUACGCAUCCUUCCUCCACCGAUGGAAAUGGAAUCCUUCUUGAGUCCACACAUGACCAGAUAAACGAAGAAGAUUAUAACUCGCACAGCGGAUAUCACUCUGACCAAAUAAGGGAACACCAAUAUUCUGUAGAGUAUCACGAGAAGUUGCUCCAAAAUUUCCUCCACAGUAAUCAACGUAUUAUGGAAAUCCUCAGAGAAAACAAAAUUACUCAAAUAAAAAUUACCCACAACGAAAUGAACAGACAAUGCAAGCAACUAUCCUUCACCAUUUUGAAUGCGUACUUUAAACAUUUGUAUUCGAAAAAAGAGGAUGAAUCUAAUAAAUUGGAAUCUCUGGAAAACGCCAAAAUUAUUUUGCUACUAUUUUAUUUCAUUGAAGAAAAUAUAACGGAACAUCUUCCUCACUUUUUUACACAUCUCCUUUCUGCAUUUGAAAAAAAACUAGACGAAGAACGCUGGCAAAUUUAUAUGAACUGCCUUUACCUUGUGGGCUCUUAUGUUAAUCCAAGCAACUACUAUUUUUUCCUAGAAAAUUACUUCAAAAAUUUAAAGGAGAAUAAUCAGAAGAAUGUCACUCUGAGUUGUCUUUACAUUCUAAACAAAAUUUGCAUGGGGACCAUAGAAACGUAUAAGGAUAUCCAUCGAAGGGGACUUACGCGCGAUGGGAUUCAUUCCACUUUUGUCUUCGUUCUGGAAAGAAUUAUUGGCCUUUUUUUUGGCGUCAUAAAUGGGCCACAGCAUGUGGAUAGAUACCUCCUGGUUCUCCAGAUAAUCCACACCAUCUUGAAUAGCGAGUGUGCGUACGGUAAGCUGGAUGAGAAGCACAUCACCCAGUUGAUAAUACUACUGUACAUUAUAUUCAACAAGGUGAAGGACGUUAGAGAAAACUUAAUCAAAGGAAAGGACAAAAUUUGCUUGAACAGGAACUUCUACUUACCGGUGGAUGUGUUAGACAUUCAUUUUUACAUCAACAGAAUAAAAAAGAUAAAAAACUUCGAACAAUUAGACAUGAGCCAAGAGCAAAUAAACAUCAACGUGGGCUCGGAAAUACUUUACAAAAUAUUCACUCUCUCAGAUGAUAACCUAAAUCAGAAGACAUCAAUUUUGCAAAUCCUGCCAGACGAUUUUCUGUACAAUUCACACUAUGUGUACUUCUUAAUUCAGUACAUAAUUAAAAGACAGACUUUUUUUUAUGACAAAAGUUUAUCCAUUUUUUUAUGUAAAAUUAUGAUUAAAUUAUUCAACCUGAACCAAAAUAAAAAGAACAUAAUCAAAGUGGUUCUUUACAACGAAGAAUUAGCCUUAUAUGAUAUUCAUCAGGAAAGCAGAGACAAAUAUACCAAGCAAGUAAAGCACGUUUUUCUGGAAUACGCCUGUACAAUAUUUUUACUUUUUAUUUUCAGAAGUGUAAAUAUAUAUGAAACAUUCGGCAACGUUGUUGAAACAUGUAAAGUGGUGUUGCAUCUCCUCACUGAGGUGAAGAAUCCCUAUUCCUUUUUGUUCUUCGUUAAGCGCACGAGCCUUAUCACCAAGCUGUGCGAUAUACUCGAGUGCAGAGAAGCGAGAAGCAUCUUUUUUUGCAAGCAUGUCCUAAAUGAUCUGCAAAUAAAUUACGAAAAAUAUAUGAACAACGAUGGGGACAUAAAAUAUCUGGACCACAUAAACAUUGGGAAAAAAAUUGGCCUAAGAAAGCAAGUAAAUACAGAGGUGGAUAUUCUGUUUUACUUUGUAAGUACCUGCGUCUAUUUAAUUUACUACAAGUCCCUAGACUGCUUGUCUGUGCUGCUGAAAGACAGUGCAGAAGAAAUAGGUCACCUAAAAGUACAUGAAGCUUUUAGAACCCUUUUUGAUGGCACAGAGAAGCGGGUUCUAGAAAUAUUAAAAAUUAAAGAACAGGGAAGUUAUACCAUGUCAAAUUUAUAUAAAAAAACCAUUGAAAAUAUGCUCCUUGAAAAAAACAACUUCUCAGAGCUAUUUUUAUUAAGGCAGAAAAUUCUAAACUCCCCCGAUUAUAAUGAUCUCAUAUUGAAUACUCACAUCUAUUUUAGAUACACUUUUGCCCUACUGCAACGGGUACACAUGUUUCUUCUGAACCCGGUUAUUCUUCACUACUUUUAUGAAGUGAACCAUGGGCAUUUCCCCAGCUCGACCGAUGUAAAUCUCAUAAGUGGUCAUAAGUCCGACAAUAUGCCCCCAAAAAAUCCUCCAUCUGAUAGCGACAAAAUUGAGCAAGGAUCACAUAGCAACAAGGAUAAUAACCAAAACCAGGAAGAAAAGAAUUUCAUAAACGAAAUGGUGUCAUUUCUUCAGAAAGAAGAGAUACACAAUAUAGAGGGUAUAAAAUAUGAUCACACCAAUUUGGAAAAUUAUUUUAAAUCUCAUGACUUCGUUUUUUUAAUACUCGAACAGGGUGUUUAUCACAUUCCCUUCCGCGUCCUGGAGAAAAAUUCUCUCAUUAUUUUGCUCUAUUCCUCUUUGCUAUUUUUUGUGGAUGAUUUUUUCCAAAUCGAAGUUGUAGAAAAUAGCGGCGAGUCAUCCUUUUUGUCCAGCAUCAGUGUGGGGCUUUCGAAAGACUUCUUUUUGAAUCCCCUCCAAAUUAGUGAGGACCACUUGAUAGGCCUCUUCAAUCUGCUCAUUCUGGUGUGUCUAGAGAACGAAGACCUGGUUAGCGGGGCAUUAAUAAAAAUGAACUACAAGGAGAACGCGGAACGAACAGCUAAUUUUCAUAUGGAUAUAUUUUGCAAUAUAAUCAACAAUGUGAUUUUCAACUAUGAAAAGAAAAAUAUGGUAAAGGAGUCCCUCUGUAGCUGUCUCAGCUUCUUGCUGUCGGUCCUAAGCGCCAAUUACGGAGAUGUCCUCGAAAAUUUGAAGGUAACGUACACCAGGACGAAGCACGUUAAACGACUAGACGUUUGCAACAACAUCAUUAACACGUUUCUGUAA